UUACAGUGUUAGAGCAGAGGACAUGCGUUGAGACAGAUGGGGUUUUGCUGAGACACAGCGUCCAAGAAGACCAGCUUUUAGCACCAGGACCAGUUUCAGAAUGAAUGUCUGUCACCUACUGGUCCUCUGCAUCUUCUCAGCACUGACCAAUACAAGCGGCGGCCUCGUCAUCUUUCAAAGAACCGAGGGGAGAAACUUCACAAUCUUGUGGCAAUUUCUGACCAGCGGCACAAAGUACUUCUGCAAAAACGAAUGCAAAGACACAGACACUCUCGUUCAAACGAACGACAUCAACUCUCACGAUGGCAGACACAGCAUCAAGUAUGAACACACGCCGCCUGCAGGAGGAACUCUCUACGUCACAAUCCUCAAUCUGAACAUGGCUGACAGCGGCCGCUACAGGAUGGGUGUGGGAUUACCCGAACAUCCCGAGUCCUACAGGGACUUUGAGAUCAGAGUUCUUCCAGCAGCACAGCAGUAUGGAAGUUCUGUUCCCAGGCCAGAAGUCCACAUCCAUACUGGACCUGCGGGGGGCACGCUGGAGAUACAGUGUCCCUUCCAUGUUUCCAGGAGCACGAAGUUCUUAUGUAAAGGAAACUGUCUGGACGGACACAUCCUCUUGAGAACCACAGAAAACAGCGCUCGUGUGGGCAGGUACGGCGUGGACUUCAGACAGGAAGCCUCAAUAAAGACGUAUCUUCUGGUGGUCACCAUUGCCCAGUUGGACAAGUCAGACUCAGGAAGGUACACAUGCGCUUUGGGUCCAUCUCUGCGCUCUGCUUAUAUGCAGGAGUUUGAUGUCAGCGUCACUGAUGAUCUGCCACUGAAUAGAAAAGUAGAGUCAGAAGGUAGAACAGACUCCUCUGAGAACAGACCAACAGUUCUCGUGUGGCCCUUGGUUCUCGCUGGCGUUCUGGUUCUUCUGAUGAUUGCAGCUGGUCUGCUGCUUCUACACAAACACAAGCGAAAACCAAACUCAGAUGGCCCCAGAUGUGAGUUCUCCGCCCAAAACCCUCAGGAGGAAGACACCUACGAAAGCAUCCAAGAUUGCGGCGCCAGGGCCCCUGACCAUAGCUACUGUACUCUCAGACCAGCGCAACACAUGCGAUGCUAUAGCAACACUUGAUUGUUCAUAUUCCACUUUUUGUUUUCACCUCAGUGCUGAUGAUGUUUUAUGGCUUCAAUUGUGUUCAACUACUAAGUUACACAGCACAUCUCCUACUAAUAUGACCUGCUAAUAGAACGCAGGGGGGUGCUAUUAACAGAACGUCCUGAAGGGGGAGCAGCUAACACAGAAAAGCAUGCACAGCCAUCAAAGUACACCAUAUUGACACGCUAUGCUUUAUCCAAUAAUCAAGUACAGCUUUGUUUGUCAAACAACCAGAAACUUCCAUUAAGAUGUAUAUCGCGACGCAGUGAGUAAUUGUCUCGUUGGGAGUCAUGGACAUGAUUAAAUGACUGAUUAACUGAUUAACUAACAUGCACAUGUCAUGUGCACUAAUGGAGAGCAUCAUACUCAGAAGUAAAGCUACAAGUACAAACCUAUGUCCUCAGAUAACCCUGUCAUCUAUAAGCUUAUACCUUUUCUUGUUAUGGGAAAAAAUAAAGUAUUAGGGCCACAUUGAAAAAGACAAUCUGAAAUUUCGAGAAUAAAGUCAUAAAUUUACGAGGAAAAAGUUGGAAUAUUAGGAGAAUAAAGUCGUAACUUUACGAGAAUGAAGUCAUAAUAUUACGUGUCACCAUGUCAUACGUGUCAGAGAGAAAAUAGAGCAGAGGAAGGAAGGAAACUUUCCUCUUGCUUCAGGCAAGCUUUUAUUUACAAUGUGGCAGCAAAACAGAGCAGUUGAGCAUUUCUGCCCCUUCUCACUUGCACCUUCAUUACCCCCCUCCCUCCA